UUUCCUAAUUACCCACUCAUUACCCUCAAUUCCUAAACCCAAUCCCAAUUCCAUUUCCUAAGUUCAUCUGCAUUCUUAACUUUUCAUGUGAGAACCUAAGUUCAUCUGAGAAACCUAAGUCCAAUCCUUCCUGUGCGUUCGUUCGUUCUUCUGGCAAAGUGGAUAUACAUUUCUUUCCUGUUCGAUUUGGCAAAGUGUGAAGGGAUUUGCAGGAUGGUGUUUACCUUCAUUGUUCGCCAUGGUGGUUGGUUUGGAACCUCCCCUUACUGCCAUUAUUUUGGUGGUGGUCGAAGUGUUUUUCCUGAUCAAGAUGAAGAUAGAUGGUCAUACAUUGACACUGUUGACAUGAUCAAAGAGCUGGGAUACAAGGAGUUUAAUUUGUGGUGGUCAUACAUUGACACUACUGAGGAUGUUCCUAAAGAAGUGUUCAGGCCUUACAAAUCUGAUUCUGAUGCACUGGAAAUGGCUACGAUUGCUGCUUCAAAGGGUGAAGGUGUCUUGUUUGUUGAAAAUCUGUCAAAAGAGCCACUCUCAAUGCAUGUUAGAAAUUUUGAACCAAUUGUACCUUCUGUGGCCACUAACUUGCUGGAUUUGAAAUGCAUUUUAAAUGCUUUUAGCUAUCUUUAUCCUUCUGUAAACAAUGACAAUUGGGGUACUUUAACUCCUCCUUAUGCAUUGAUGCUAUUUUUAGUACAUGGGAACAUACACAAAAUACUUCCUGAUAGUACACAAGAUGGAACAUACAGCCUUGAACAUGCCAUUAACAACUCCUUUUCAUUACAUUCAGUACAUGGAACAUACACAAAAUACUUUCUGAUAGUACACAAGAUGGAACAUGAAGGCUUGAACAUGCCAUUAACAACAAACAAAAUGAAGGCUUGCACAUGCCAUUAA